AAAUCUGCUCACCACGCGCCUUAAAUUAACAUGUAAAUUCCAUUAGUCAACAUUUUUGUUUAGUCAAGAAAACGGAUUCCGUUGGGUGGCAAAGGAGAGCCCAUUGGCGUCACGUGACUGCGUAUCUUGGCCAAUGGCACGCGCCUCUCGUUUUAACGACGUUAAAUGUCAGAUAUUCGGCUAUAAACUAGAAUCUCGCGCUCAGGCCCGGCGAAAUGGGCGAGCACAACCUCCUCAAUAGCGGGUUUGUGGGACCUUUGGUGAACAUCCACACCGGAGACGCGUUUUACCUCCACAACUUCCGGUCAUCUGCGGCUCUUCCUUCCCUCCCUUACGCGAGACGAGACAAUGUUUGGACUCAACCGGAGCCGUGCAACGGAUACAUGCAGCCGUUUUUUGGCAACCCGGUGUCCCUGAACCCCACGUUUAACCGAGCGUGCGAGAUUGCGCGGCAGGAAGAGAGCAAAUGCUUUUACAGUGGAAGUGGAGGUGGAGGAGGUAACAUCCGGGAGAAUUGUGCCAAUGUUAAACGAGAUGACAGGGCGAGAGACGACUCCUCUGUGCCCGUAGUGAGAGAACACGGACUGGCAGAUGCUAGCAUGAUGGGCUACGGAUACGUUGCAGAGCAAGUGAGCCAGAAUCCUCCAUCCUGUCACUCCAUGCAGUCGGAGUCUGGGUCAUCGCACCACGAAACGGAAAAAGUGUCUUGCAGCAUCGCUCAUUCCUUAGCAUCUCAUGCAUGCAGCACAACCCAAGGUGGAGGUGCUCCGUGGUAUCCGGCGCACGCGCGGAACCGGAAGAAGCGCAAACCCUAUUCCAAACUGCAGCUGGCCGAGCUCGAGAGCGAGUUCAUGCUCAACGAAUUCAUAACGAGGCAGCGGAGGAAGGAGCUUUCGGACCGGCUCAAUUUAUCCGACCAACAAGUGAAGAUCUGGUUUCAAAACCGACGCAUGAAGAAGAAAAGACUGAUGCUGAGAGAGCAAGCUCUGUCUUUCUUUUAGGGAAAGAAUAGCAGUGCAUGAAAUAUCAGCAAAAACAAAAAACAAACAAAUAAACAAAAAAUCCAGUGUUUAAAUAACUCUUACAGUGUAGAACUGACAUCAGUGGUUUUCAUUUCUGCUCACGUGGGUUUAAAGAAACACUGAAAGUGUUAAUAAAGCACUGUGAAAAAGUGUUAAUUCAGUUUUGUAGGUGUUAACGCUGUAGAACUGUUAUAACUUUUACACUUCAGGACGCAGAUACACAGCGAAAUCCCGAGUGCUGGAUAAAAACUACAGCGCUCUUAACUCGCAAAGUGUCGAAUUAACUCCUCUAGUACUGAAUUAACUCCUCUAGCAUUGAAUUAACUCCUCUAGAGUCGAAUUAAGUCCUCUAGUGUUGAAUUAACUCCUCUAGUGUUGAAUUAAUUCCUCUAGUGUUGAAUUAACUCUUGGCCACAAGUGAGCACUGUAAGAGUUAACAUCCAAGUUAAAACACCUACCAAGUUAGACUAGAAGAAGACUGGAAUGGAUUUAGAUUUGAUCAACAGAUGUGUUAAACGCCUCAGUCACAGACAUCUAGAACCCUCAAGGUGUCCCUUUUCUGGAACCCUUACAGGUAGAACCCUACAGCUGAGUGUUUUCCUACCGGUUUCCAAAUAGAACCAUGUAAAGUUUUUUUUUUUUUUUUAAUUCAAACAAGCAAACAAACAAAUCAAACCAAAUAAUCUAGACUAAUACUGAUGAUGGAGUUCAUCAAACGAGGUUGCUUUCAAAAGUUUCCCUUUGUUAAAUUAAUAACCGUCUUCAAAGAAAUUCAACACCGAAAUCUUUACUUACAAAAUUCAAAAUAAAAGUAAUGUUAAAAUUAGCUCACACUUGUACAACAAAUCACGUUUAAUACACCAACUGCAAAAAUGCGUAGUGUAACGCCGUACAGUCUUGAACACUUCGAGUGUUUUAAUUCUCUUAUACUACAUAAUUUUCAUCCAGGAUUUUUAUCUGUUACCUCAUCUCUUCUCUCUACUGCUUUAACUCUGCAGGGCACAGGCAAGAUGUGCGCAUAAUUCAGUUUUUCAUACUUAAAUAAUACUUAUUUUUGCCAACAAGCUUAUUAGCACACUUUACUUGAAACUUGAGUCUAUGCCAUUUAGUUUACAAGCAAAUAGUAUUUAGCAUUUUAGCAUGUUCAAGGUAGAAGAUUGAACACCUUGUGGAAUGUAUAAGCGCCUUAUAAAACAAAAUAUGAGCUCUCUUAUGUUUAAAAAAAAUAAUAAAUAAAAGUGCAUUGGUAUAGCAUGACACAGCGAAAGACCCAGUGCUAAAAUAAAUCUUUUUUAAAAAUCUGAAAUAAAUUACUCAAUCAUACAAAGUAAUUAUAAAUCUAGAACUCUUAAUAAAUCUAGUUCUUCGGUUCUAUGGAGUUGUCCUAUGUGGAACCCUACAAAUGAGUGCAAUGGGUCCCAAGGAAGCUAAGAACCCAUAACUACCCAAAGAACUCUUAAAUGAUUCAUUAAGGGUUUUUAUAGUGUCUUUAUUAAUUCAUUAAAACGUUUAUAGUCAACGUGAAACACUAUAUUCAUUAAAAUUUCCCCUAUCAGUGUUGAAGAAUCUCUUACAGUAUUUAAUCAAGACCACUGUAUGUUAAUUUAUGUUAAUUUUCUAAAGUAUACCUCCAAAAUUGAUGUACCGACGUGAUAAAUUGGUUUGUUGUAUUUUAGAUUUUAGGCGUCAGAGAUGAUAAUGUGUCUGAAAGGAAGAUUAAUUAAGAAUAAUUAAAGUGAACAAACACCAGAUGGUACAUUCAUGAAUGAAUAAUAAUAUCUGGAUUUUCUGCAGCAUUAGCAUUAGCACACCUGAAAUGAAUAUGAAUGUGGGUGUGGUUAUAUACGAAAAUCCUAAAACGUACUGCAAUCCAAAGUAUAGAUAAAGUAUAAUCAAAUAAACUUAUCCAUAUUUAUAUCUCUUUUUCCCUGCAGCCAUUUUGACAAGUGGCUUUGGGAGUCGAAUUUGUGUUUAGUUAUUAUUCCUAUUACUCCUGUUAAUGCUUCUUCUUUUUCUUCUUCUUCUUCUUCUUCUUCUUAUUAUUAUUAUUAUAUUUACUUUUUAUCAAAUUAUUAUUUUAUUCGAAUAUUUAUCAAAAGGAAUUGUUUACUGCGAUAAUACACACUUAUUAUUACGGGGCAUAUAUUAUUCACACGAGUAUUUAAACAAGACUUGUAUCUUCCUUUAGAAGGUUUAGGUUAUAGGCUACAUGUAAGCAAAUUAAUUAAUAUAUGUUUCGUUGAGAAAACAUUCCUUUACUGUGUUAAUUUACAAAAUGGCGUCUUCUCUAGUCCAGUAUAUAAGGUUAUGAAACGGUCUUUGGAUUGUUUUUAAGCUAUCAUUUCCUGUAUUAAACAAAUUUUACUCAGCGCAGUUAAAUCACGAGCCUGAAGAUUCACUGUGUUUGAUUUGGAAGAGUAUUGCAAUGCAACAGUCAUGGCUGAGCAAUAAGAGCCAGAGACAUGCACGCUCAUGAAUUUGCUAAAUAUUUCUAUGCAUUUGCAGUGAGUCGUUGCUCAUCAUUGACAAACUGAAAUCUGCUGUGUCUAUGCAUUUCAUUGUUUAUUUCCAAAACUUUUCACGAUCGUAAAUUCGUAAGAAUUCAAGCCAGCUGAAGAAAAUCUGCAAAGCUAUGAAUGAUCACACACUUAGGGGUGAAAAAAGUCAAGUAGAAAACUCUUCAAGGUUCAAAGUUCUUUGGUUAUCCCUCUGGAGAAACCCAUAAACAGAGUGUUUCCCUGUUAGGGUUUCAAACAGGAGCCUUCUUAGAAACCUACAGAAACUUUAUCUAUCCAAAAAAAAACACUGAAGAACUUUUUUUUUUCCUGAAAGAGUAAGCUGUGAUGUUUGCCACUUCAUCUCUAUCAAAUCUCGCUGGUUGGAAUACCUAUGAAUUUGUCGUGAGAUCGUGUUGUAUGUUUGAUUUUAGUGUUAUAAGGUUCUACCUAGCUGGAUUAAGAAUAAAUGACAGAAUGUGAGCACCUUAUAAUGCUAAAGUCACAGUGUGGUGUAGAGAGAACGAGAAAAGCUUGUACUAUAGCGCAGUAUUUGCAUGCAUUAGUAGCUUAUUUAAAUGGUUCUGCUGCUCUUUGUCCUCUAUUUUGUCCCAAAACGUUUGUAUAGAAAACUGUGAUGAAAUAUAAUGUGUUCUCCUAUUGCUUAAUGUGACGAUCCUGCUGUUCGUAUAUUUGUUCAGCGACACCUUCUUUGUUAAAACAAUAUAAAUGACAGCCUAUACUUAUAAAUGUGCGGUUCCUGUCUAUUAAAAUCUCUUUCCAGUGUCUUUGUUGUCAUUUCGUUGAUUUAAAUUUUCUUAGUUGACUUAUAAAAACCCAACACAUAUUUUUUACUAACGUUA